CAUGACGAUUACUGUCAUCGACUCUACCGACGCGCGUGCCCGUUGCGUGAAAAAGAAAAAAAGUUGUCUGUGACUGAUUUUUUUUUAAUUUUCAAAUUUGGAUUUUAGUGAGCUGUGUUGAUUUUUUGGAAAAUCGGAUUCAGUGCGCUCAGGACAGUGGUGUCGGACGGUAGUGCAGUGUGUGUGAUGAUACUCUGCCACUCUGAUCUUGAGAGUGCAGCAUGAGGGGCAGUGUAUGCCAGUUUCUCCUGUUGGCGCGCUUGGUCGCGGCCAUUACUGGACCGAGGAUAGAAAACGACUUCGACAGAAAUAGACAAGGGCCUAUCGGAGCUCCAGGCUUCAACGAACAUCAGACGAGAUUCGGACUCAAUUCCCCAUUACAAAAUUUCCAACAACAGCCGGGUCUUAUUAACAAUGCACAGCAAGUUCAAUUCCCUCAGCCGAUACUGAAUCAACAACCAUACGUGCCACAGUUCAAUAAUCUUCUGCCAGCGCAGAAUAUUCCGAACAACCCAAUCCCCGUUCAGAAUAAUGGCUUCCAACAGUUCAAUCAACAGACAAACGUUAAUCCUCCCAUUAAUAACUUUAAUCAGCAGAAUUUACAGCAACAAGCUUUUGCUCAAAACCACAACAUUCCCCAACAAGUUCCAACUUUGUCUACGUAUCAAAGCAAUUCUCUGCCAUUAACUCAAAAUGCACCAAUAUUUAAUCAGAAUCCCAAUAUUCCAACGCCCCUGUCGCUGGCUCAGCAGAGGCCGACACAGGCAGCUUUCUUGCCUACAUUGCAAAAUCAGCAAAGCUUUAGUGCCCCGAAUCCAAUCACCAUUCAGGCUGCGCCUAACCUUGCACCACAAAACAUUAAUCAGAACGGACAGAUAUCUUUCCAAGGACCGAUCAACCAUCAAGGGCCAAUUAAUCAUCAGCUAGGCCAAGGAUCCAUAAAUCAGCCAAUAAGCCAACCUUUAAACCAACCAAUAUAUUCUAAUACUCAGUCAGCUGAUAUUCAAGAUUACUUUGAACAGCAAUCAAAAGACAAUUUAGAAAAACUAAAAGAAUUACAAGAGAGACAGCGAAUAAUACAAAAACAUCAAGAAUUCGUGCAGAAGCAACAACAGAAACAACAGGAAAAGGUUGAGAAAUUACACGAAGAAUUCCUAACCAGACAAGCCACUAAAUCGCUUCCUUCUUAUACUACCACUGAAAAUUAUGAAGAUGCUUACAGAAGAAACCAAGAAAAACGUAGGCCACUUCUACCUCAUGAAACAGAUUUAUUCAAAAAAGCAUUGGAAAUGUAUGAGAAGCAACAUCCGACACCAACAACAACUACGUCAACCACCACAACGACAACAACGACUACACCACGACCUAGAUAUAUGAGGACCAGAGGACCACCUAGAUCAAGAAAUCCUCCUCAAGACAGAAAUAAACAAAAGCUCUACAAUGAAAUAAAGAACCUGCUGGAGGAAAGUGAAACUAAAGGGUUUGAUGACAAUCUUAGAGCAAAGAGUGUAGCUCUGUUACAGAAACCAGAUAUUUUGAAGCAACUUAAAGUCGCUCUAGCCGAAAAUCCUGAAGACUUCAAUGAGAGGAAUUUUACUUCACGGGAAAUAUCUCUGAAUGGACAAAAAUAUGAAGUGAUCAGAACUAAUAAUCCUAACUUAAUACCUAAGGGGGCAAUAGCAGCAGACAGCCCAGAUUUGGGUAAAUACGUAGCAGCAGCACAAACAACACAAAAAGAAAGUCAUGUUUCAUUUGAUGAUUUGACAAAAGGUGUAUUACCGCCAGGGGCUAAUUACGAACUAGUGAAACAGGGUGAUAAUGGAAAAUUAGAAGAGGUUUCGAAUUUGCCCACUACCCUUCAGAGCAAAAAGAAAGUAACAUUUGUCUUUCUAGAAGAACAAGAUGACGGUUCCUAUAAAGUCAAAGGUGUAAAAGCUAAUGGACAACAAACGGAAGAGGGCCCAGAAGUUGAGGAGAUUUUGAAGAAAAUACGAAAAGGUGAGAUCACACUCCCCGGACCUACUAAAAUAUCUAACGGAUUACACAGUACAACGACUCCGAGCCCAUCUACUACGGAAUCUACGGAUUACAUAGCAGAAUCAUCACAUCUUCCGUCAACGUAUGCCAGCUUUGUUACAACAUCCAGCUAUGGCUCAUCCGGACUCACCAAUCCUGUUCCAACUACGCCUGCUAGUACAUACAGAAAUUCAAUAUUGUCAGCAAGAACGACUCAACAGACAUUCAAAGAAAAUUUCACCCCAAAAGAAUCUCAAAGAGAAGCAUACACACAAAGGCAUUCACAAAGAGAAACGUACACCCCUAGAGAGCCACAAAGAGAAACAUACACCCCCAGAGAGCCACAGAGAGAAACAUACACCCCUAGAGAGCCACAAAGAGAAACAUACACCCCCAGAGAGCCACAGAGAGAAACAUACACCCCCAGAGAGCCACAAAGAGAAACGUACACCCCCAGAGAGCCACAAAGAGAAACAUAUACCCAAAGAGAACCUGAAAGAGAGACAUACACACCUAGAGAACCAGAAAGAGAGGCGUAUACGAUACGGGAACAAGAAAGAGAAGUGUUUCCAACCAGGGAAACACAAAGGGAGACUCAGAGAGAAUCAUAUACUCCAAGAGAAUCUUAUUCACAAAGAGACCCAACGAGAGACUUUCAGAUAUCAAAAGAUUCAUCAAUAGACUCAUACAUACCCAGGGAGACACAAAGAGAAACACAAACAUACCAACCUACAACGCGAGCGCCAACAACAGAAAGAUACAUCAUUAAAACAUCAACCCCAACGUAUUCUAUCAGAAGCAAUAAACAGACCUCACGGAAUAUCUUCCCUAGCUCCACCAUAAUAAACACAACACCUUCAUAUAGAUCUACUCCUAAUGAUUUGAUUGUAAUAGGAUCAAGCACGCCUGUACCAAGUUUUGAAGAGCCAUCGUCUCAGGACCUUUUCGCUUCCGCAUCCAGUCCAGGUCUUAUCGAUAUUCUGAAAGAAAACGGAUUGUUCGCAACAGCAAAAUACCUAAAACAAUCUGGAUUAGAUUCGAUAUUGAAUGAGACUGGACCGUACACGAUUUUCGCGCCAACGGACAAAGCAUUUAGGACGCUUUUAGUUCAACUGGGAGGUCCUGAUAGGGCAGAAGAAAAGUUCCGCGAUAAUCCCAGACUUCUAAGUGGUCUGCUCCUCCACCACGUGAUCCCAGGCGCGUUCGACAUAGCGUCCCUCCAGGAUGAGAUGACGGGCGUCUCCCUCGCCGGCACACAGUUACGAGUGAACCAGUAUGACAUGCAUGAUGUCGAGUGGAACGAAGUCAAGGUCACAACGAUUAACGGUGCCCGGGUUAUCGAUGACAAGAAGGAUAUUCAUAUACCACAGGGCAUAGCGCACGCGGUAGACCGAGUGAUGUUCCCGCUGCCGGUUGGAGACCUCGUGCAGACGUUACAGGCGGACAGGGACAGACGCUUCACCACCUUCAUCAAGGCCAUAUUUACCAGUGGCUUUGCUGACACUUUAGCAGAAAGCAAAACGUACACAAUAUUCGCGCCAACGGACGCGGCGUUCGCGCGGCUAGCGCCGACCGAACUGUCUCGAUACUCAGAGAAGGCUGCCGCGAGAGCACUCGUCGCGCGCCACGUGUUGCCGGGCACGUUGUAUAGUGCGGGCAUGCGGUACUAUCAGUUGAGGAACUCUAUGGAGGACGCCAAACCUCUAACGCUGCAGAAGAACUCUGGUCGGAUAAAGGUGAACAACGCGCAAGUAAUAACGCACAACAUCCCAGCGACGAACGGCGUAAUCCACGCGAUUGACACGCUUCUGUGAAACUACCCUCCAAAUUAGUUUAGUGUGAUGGAAGGUUAAACUAUUCGAAAUCUAUGUUAUAUUGGAACAUAAAACGACUAUAUUAUAUUGUUUGUUACAUUCUUCUUAAUCUUCCAUCACUACAUUAAGAUUCAUCCAUUUCAUAAUCAUACACCCCAUUUCUAUAAUUUGAAUUUAGAAUGCAUCUCACAAAUAAAAUUUCGAAAAUAAAUUCUAAAUUCAAACGCAAUCGAACAUAAAUGAAAAAUUAUAAUUUUCAAAUUCAACUUUCGACUCUAUUCUCUAUGAACGAAUAUUGUAAUCACGACUUUGCCACAUUAAUUGUAUCUUUUAAUUUUAAGACUGUAAAUAUUUAUAAGAAUAAGGGAAUAAUUUAUACAUUUAGCAUUUUGUGUAAAUAAAAAUAUUAAUUUUA